AGCUCACUCAGAGACUGUUUGAAGAGGGAAAUGGGUCAACAUUUGGCUGAAGUGACAGGCAGCAGGUGUCGGCUAAAAGGAGUAAGUCAUGCUGCCUGCAGUGAGACAACUGGAACUGGUGGAGGAACGGCAGAGACGGAGGGAACCAUUGCUGCUCGCACCAAACAGGAGCUCAUGCUGACGCAAAGCAGCCCAAAAGAUCAGCAACGAGCAGAUCCUGAGAACAAGUUCGCUGGAGUUGUGUCCCGGAGGGCUAAAUCAGGGGUCUCCAGAUUUUUAUCAAACGCCAAACAAGAUGACAGCCAGUCUCAACCUCCUUCUUUAGCACCCCAGCUACAAGACGGACACUCGUUUAUUCUGGAGCAAUGUGAAGACAUGCCUUGUCCUCCCCUCACGGGAAACACUGAUAGGAAGGUACAGGUCGCCUGCUUGAAGAAGGAGAGCGAGCUUGUUUGCUUCUCUGCUGUCGUCACGCCUCCACCUUCAACUCAUCUGUUACCGAAGAACGACAUAACCAUGGCAAAGGCUACGUCUGCCUCAUCAGGUUCCAGCGAUGACCUGACGCUGACAGGAAAACCUAAAGUCAAGGGUCCGCCUCCUCCCGUCCCCAAAAAGCCCAAGAACCCUUUUAUAAAGCUCAAAACCGCACAGUUAAAGUCUAGUGAUGUGCAAAGAAGAGACAAAGAUUAUCUGCGUUCAGAGGAAAGGGUCAAAAGGAGACACACUUUCCAUUUUAACAAGGAUCUUCCGCGCAGCAACCCAACGAAUCAGGACAUGUGCUUGCUGUGGGAUGAAAGAGGCACCUACACCAUACCAGCCAGCAUUCGUCGACUGUCAGCUGACAUCAGUGCGUGGGACCAUCUGUCUUCUCGGCUUAUAGAUGAUCAAUAUGGAGAUGUGGUUGAUUUUGAGUACUGUGAGCGAAUGGCAGACCUGUCUCCAGAGGAGGAGCCUCGAAACUUGGACAUGCUGCAGAGACGAGUGUUCUUAGACAGACGAUCCAAGCGUAAAUGGUCAUCUCCUCCUGUAAAUACUCUCGCCUCCACAGAGACCUUUCCCAUCCCUGAGAAUGCACCUGAUGAUGAACCUCAAAGCCUAAAAUCUGCCCUUUCAGAUCAGAAAGACUCUUCCACCAGCCUCCUAUCUGAUAAAGUCCAGAUUCAAGUCAGUAAAGUUAACCACAGUGACUAUGGUCGUCCCAAAGAUUACACAAAUCACAACCGAGAUGUAGGAGGGGGCGGUGAAGUGGGUUCCUACAAGCCUGUGGCAAAAAUUGUCAAAGAGACCAACCAAAUGCAAAAACAGUUGAGCCGGGUCAGACCCGAGACGGCUAAAGUUCCUGUUCGCUUGGCAGAGCAGGCCCCAAGCGUGACAGUAUCCCAAAUGAAGAACACCUUUGACAUCCCAAAAAAAUGCAAGGAGAGACCAGUGGAUGUUCAGCCACCUUCAAAGAAAGAUAUGUCGCGGCGAGUUGUGCGACAGAGCAAGUUCCGUCACGUGUUCGGCCAGGCUGUGAGGAACGACCAGUGUUACGAUGACAUCCGUGUGUCCAGGGUCACGUGGGACAGCUCCUUCUGUGCCGUCAACCCCAAGUUUGUCGCCAUCAUCAUCGAAGCGAGCGGAGGAGGAGCCUUUCUUGUCCUUCCUUUACACAAGACCGGCCGUAUAGACAAGGUGUACCCAACAGUCUGUGGACACACAGGCCCGGUGUUGGACAUCGAGUGGUGUCCUCAUAAUGAUCAAGUCAUUGCUAGCGGCUCAGAGGACUGCACCGUCAUGGUCUGGCAGAUACCCGAGAACGGACUGGAGACGGCCCUGUCAGAGCCUGUGGUGGCGUUGGAGGGUCACUCCAAAAGGGUCGGCAUUGUGUCUUGGCAUCCGACCGCUCGCAACGUUCUCCUCAGUGCAGGGUGCGACAACCAGAUCAUCGUCUGGAAUGUGGGGACGGGAGAGGCCAUGAUCAACCUGGAAGACAUGCACCCCGAUGUUAUCUUUAGUGUCAGCUGGAGUCGCAACGGCAGCCUGCUGUGCACCGCCUGCAAGGACAAAAAGGUCCGCGUCAUCGACCCUCGUAAAAAGAAGAUUGUGGCGGAGAAGGACAAAGCCCACGAGGGAGCUCGACCAAUGAGAGCAAUCUUUUUAGCAGAUGGAAACAUUUUCACCACUGGGUUCAGCCGCAUGAGCGAGCGCCAGCUAGCCCUGUGGAAAUCUGAUAACAUGGAAGAGCCGAUAUGCGUUCAAGAGAUGGACACCAGUAAUGGAGUUCUGCUGCCCUUUUAUGAUCCUGACACCAACAUAGUCUACCUGUGUGGAAAGGGUGACAGCAGCAUUCGGUACUUUGAGAUCACUGAAGAGGCCCCGUUUGUUCACUACCUCAACACCUUCUCAACCAAGGAGCCCCAGAGAGGGAUGGGUUAUAUGCCCAAGAGAGGUCUGGAUGUCAAUAAAUGUGAAAUCGCAAGGUUUUACAAAUUACACGAGAGAAAAUGUGAGCCGAUUAUCAUGACAGUCCCACGUAAGUCGGACCUGUUCCAGGACGACCUGUAUCCAGACACGGCCGGCCCAGACCCCGCCCUGGAGGCAGAGGAGUGGUUCGCAGGCAAGAACGGAGGCCCCAUUCUGAUCUCGCUCAAAGAUGGAUACGUCUCCACGAAGAACCGGGACCUGAAAGUGGUCAAGAAGAACAUCCUGGAGAGCAAGCCGGCGCCAAAGGCAGAAAGCGUCCCCACUAUCCAGAAGCGUGCUCCUCCACAAUCCUCAGUAAAAAUAGAAGACAAACUGGAAGAGGUACUCCGAGAGUUUAAGUCACUCAGGGACCGUGUCAUCCUUCAAGACCGUCGGAUUGCCAGACUGGAAGAUCAGGUUGCCAAGAUGUGAGACGCAGGGCCCGGUUUGGGAGACAACCGGCUGUAACCGAGUCAGACGUGGCCAAAUUCUGAAGAUUCGGCGAGCUCGGUUUCAUCCCUGUGACGAGACCGAGCCCACAUUCCAAGAUGAACUUUAUCGUUGCUCACCAGCCCUCUUCAUUCACUCUCCGCCCUGAAACACACCGUAAAGGAAAACUCUGAGCUCGUAUGAAGGAAAGACAUUUUAAGUCUUAACUCGUUUUAUUUUGCAAGCUGUGGUCAAACAUUCUUAUGUGAAGUUUGUACUUUACGGUUCAAAAACUGUAGCAUCAGUAUUUCCAUUGUUCUGAUUGUGUUGCCAAACAUGGAUCGUGUACCGUUUUAAGCACUGCUUUUACGUUUGUUCUUCCCUCCGCCAUAUGUUGUACAUUCCAGUCACAACUUGGUAGAACAAUAUUAAUCGAGCUGGAUUUUUUUAUUUUAAAUGUUGAACUGUUUUCUUCCCACCAGUUUGCUCAUCAGUCAGAUUUACGAAUGUGGAAUAAAUCCUCAAACGUUUUGUCCCGGGCUUCAAAUCGACCAGUUUGGGUUUAAUUUACCACCUGAGGGUUACAUCGUUCUGGUGUAAAUGUUGUGAACAUGUCGUGGUGCCUCUCGUCACUGUUCAGGGUCAAACUAAAGUUACCUGCCCUCCUCCGGUGCAUUUAGGUGUUGGGAAGGGACCACUUGUGUUCCACUGAACCCAU